UUUAGGUAGGUUAUAUGUCUGGAUGGAAAUGAAUAAGUUGAAAUAAAUGAAGUGAAUUUAUUUUCCAGAUGGAAAAGGUGUCAUAAAACACGUGGGCUCAGGGUCUGAGAGAUGAGAGCCCCUUUGCUCUUCCAGUCAGCCGCUGACAGACGCAGGCCUGAGCCUGCUGGAGGGGCAGUGGAGGGGGCAGGCAGUGAUCCCAGGUGAUAAAACUGAGACAUAAAAGAGGCUGGGCCCUGUGACAACUGUGACAGCAGCCAGGCCACUGUGUAAAGAGAAUGGCCAGCAGGAAGGCGGGGACCCGAGGCAAGGCCACAGCCACCAAGCAGAUCCAACGUGGCUCUUCCAACGUCUUUUCCAUGUUCGAACAAGCCCAAAUCCAAGAGUUCAAGGAGGCCUUCAGCUGCAUCGACCAGAAUCGUGAUGGAAUUAUUUGCAAGUCAGACCUGAGGGAGACCUACUCCCAGCUCGGAAAGGUGAGUGUCCCGGAGGAGGAGCUGGAUGCCAUGCUGCAGGAGGGGAAGGGCCCCAUCAACUUCACUGUCUUCCUCACGCUCUUUGGGGAGAAGCUCAAUGGGACAGACCCUGAGGAAGCCAUCCUGAGUGCCUUCCGCAUGUUUGACCCCAGUGGCAAAGGAGUGGUGAAUAAGGAUGAGUUCAAGCAGCUUCUCUUGACCCAGGCAGACAAGUUCUCCCCUGCCGAGGUGGAGCAGAUGUUUGCACUGACGCCCAUGGAUCUGGCAGGGAAUAUCGACUACAAAUCCCUGUGCUACAUCAUCACCCACGGAGACGAGAAAGAGGAGUGAGGGCAGGCCUGUGGGUGCUUCAAUAAACUCUGUUGCUGAAUUA